UUUUGCCGCUGUUACAUCUUUUUUUCCGUCAGCCAUUUUUCUUCCUUUUUUUUUUAAAAAAAAAAUUGUAAAAUAAUUUUUUAUUAUUUGCAAUUUUGGUGUCAUAUAUAAGAAGAGAUUCCCUCAAUUAAAUAUUCGCCAUUUCCGCUAUAUAUAACUUUCCUGUAUUUUCACCAGACCCCCGCUCACCUUCUAAAAUCAAAAAUUAAAAGGGAGACACCCACCGAACAACGUUAAAUCAAAUCAAAAAACCCAUCUUGAUUGGUUGGUAGUGGUGGUGGUUUAAGAGACGGAGAUGGCCACCGGAGCAGCAGCCGGAGAUGGAAUCUUCCGGGGUGUUUUUGACGGCUGCAUUUCCGGCCAAGAUUUGGGGAUCCAGAGAAGACCUUACCAUAAAAAUUGCAGCUGCGCUUUGCACAAAUCAAAGGGUCACUGUUCGCAUUCUUCCAAGUACAACAACGUGUCGUACCCGAUUCGGCGAUCUUGGAGCGAGAGCUGUCUGUCUUUAAUGGCGGCUGCUAAUUCGUCGCCGUCGCCUUCCUCUUCGCCGGCGUUGGGUCAAGUUUCGGCCGAGACUAGGAGAUCCCAUUUGCUUCUUUGUAAAGAAGAAGAUGAUUGUGGUGAUGAUUGAUGUAGAUUUUAAUGUUGUGAUUCUUUUUCUUCUUCUGGUUCUGUCAAAUAAUUUGGUCUUGUAAUUCAGGUUGACUUUUUAAGGAAGUAACAGAUUUUUGCCGAGAAGUUUUAGAAUUGACGGUUCCUUUCUUCGUUCUUUUUUUUUUCAUUUCCUUUGUUGUAAAUUCUGGUUCGGAAAAUGGUAGAUCAACUAACAAGCAAAUUCAUUCAUAAUCAAUAGAACAAAUGAUUGAAUGAUAAAAAUGUAUCCUUUUCCCCUGUUUUCCCUGUGUCAAUGAGGUCUUCAGGCGAUUUGGCUGCCCUGUUCUGGUUCUGGAAUCAGAAAUGUCAAUCGACGAAAUUACAUCAUUUUUACAGUAUGUUUCCACGCGAAAUAAAUAUAGCCGUUUCUGGGUGAGAGCCGAAAGGCUGAAACUUUACUGUUUGUUUGAAUUUCAGUGGAUUAUAAUUAGAUACUGUGGUUUGCAGCUGUAUCU